AUGGGCGCCUUUGUUUCCCAGCCGGCGCAGGAGAAGCUGGAUGCGGCCGAGAAGGAACUGAAGCUCCGAGACUCUCUGAUCAUCACAAAACAAUCCGAAUUGGACGACAAGGAGAAGCAGCUGUCGAACGUCAAGGCACAGCACGAGACCACCAGCAAGACCGUUGUCGAUCUCCAAAAAAAGCUCGAUGACUUGACCAGCCAUCAGAAAACCCUGGAGAAGGACAACACAGAGCAGGUUAGCAAACUGCAGGCCGACCUCAAGCAAAAGAGUGAGGAAGCCCAGCAGCAGAGACUGGCUCUGGAUCGCGUCACCCAGACUGUAAUCCAGGAACGUGAUCAGACACGCGCUGAGCUAGCCGCAGCUCAGAAGGAGCUGCAAGCCACCAAGGAGAGCAUCACCACCCUGCAGCAGGAGCUCGAUGCCGCCAAGAAGAGCCUUGACACCGCCGUGGAGGCUCGCAAGACUCUUGAGACUGAGAUGAAGACCCAGAUUGCUUCCUAUCAGCAACAGUUGACCGAGUCUGACAACAAAAACAAGCAGCUAGAGGCAGACCACACCACGCUCAAGGGCGAGCUUCAGCAAGUCAAGGUCGCAGCCGAUGCGGACCUGACAACUGCCAAGACACAGCUGGCCGAGGCGCAAACCCAGGUGACGGAGGUUCAGAAGACCAGCGACUCCAAACAUGAGGAGCUUCAAGGCAAGCUAAGUACCGCGACCAAGGAAUUGGAGGAGACAUCCCAGAAGCACACYGCUCUGCUGCAAGCAAAGGAGCAGCUCGAGAAGGAGUCUGCUGAGAGGGUUGCGAACGAGCAGAAAAAGUCUGCUGAGCUGUCGGACCGCAUCAGCGCGUUGGAGAGCGACCUCAAGGGUGCUCAGCAAGACGCCGAGAGCAAGCGGGCUGCCAUCGAGAAGGAGCUUGCUGAUUCGAAGGACCAAUACGCCACACUCCAGAAGACCCACGAUAGUCUUAAGAAGAGCUCCGAGGAGGCUAUUGCCGCGGCUCAGAAGGACCUGACCCAGACUCGCGAAGAGCUUGCUUCCAUCAAGGCUACAUGUGACAAGCUCAACAGCGAUCUCACCGCGACUAAAGAGGCUUCCAAGGCUGCUGAGUCCUCAUACACUGCCGAGAUCGAGAAGUACCGUGGCGAGGUUGAGAGCCUCAAGAAGAGCAAUGAUAAUGUCGUUGAGGCCGAUAACAAGCUCAAGGCUGAGCAUGAAGCUGCACUAAAGGCAGCCGAGGUAUCGCACACCGCUGAGAUUGAAAAGUACCGCAGUAACAUUGAGAGCUUGACAAAGAGCAACAAGGACACCACCGAGGCCGAGCAGAAGCUCAAAGCUGAGCAUGAGACUGAAGUURCUAAGCUCAACCAGUUGGUGAGCGAUGCGCAGAGCAAGCUCAAGACCGCCGAGAGCGACGCUACCGAACUGCGCAAGGCUCAGGAUGAAGCGAAAGCGAAGCUGACCGAAGCCGRGAAGAAUGCCACUAAGAGUGAAGACAAGGCGAAGAAGUCGGAGGAUGACUUGAAGGCGGCAUCAGAGGAGAAAUCCGCUCUUUCUACCAAGCUUGCAGACCUUGACGCCCAGAACAAAGCAGUCGUGGCCAGCCAGAAUGAGUUGAAUUCAAAGCUGCAAGCCGCUAAGACCGACUUGGAAGCCGCGAAGAAGGAGCGCGAUGAUGCGACUGGCAAGAUUUCUGCUCUCGAAGAAUUCAAGACCAAAUCAGAGCAGACUUCUGCUGGGCGCGACGAGGCCAUUAAGAAGGCCAAGACUCUGGAGACCGAGCUAGCAAGCCUCAAGGACCUGCAGGAGAAGACCACGGCUGCACAGAGCGAGUUGAGCACCAAGCUCGACUCUGCUACCACCGACUUGGAAGCCGUGAAGAAGGAGCGUGACGAUGCGACCAGCAAGAUCUCGACCUUGGAGGAGUUCAAGACGAAGGCUGAACAGGCCGCCGCCGAGCGUGACGAGGCUGCUGCCGCCGAGCGCGACGAGGCUAUUAAGAAGGCAAAGUCUCUCGAGGAGUUCAAAACCAAGGCCGAACAGGCUGCUGCCGAGCGUGAUGAGGCUGUUAAGAAGGCCAAGUCUCUCGAAGAAUUCAAGACCAAGUCCGAACAAGCCACCGCGGAGCGCGACGAGGCUAUUAAGAAGGCCAAGGUCCUCGAGGAUGAACUCGCCUCUCUCAAAGACUUGCAAUCGAAGGUUGAGGCUCCCGCUCCAGCAGCAGACCCCAUUGCUGCGUAA